UUAACCAUCACUGACUUAGAGAAAAAAAAUCCGAAUGAAAAGUGUGCCUACAGACAAGGUAAAACUUUAUUCUAUACAAUGAAAUAUUUCUUCAUUAAAAUAAUUGUAAUUUUCUAUUUUAAAAUCAUUCUUUUGACAAUGCUGGUCUAACACAAAUCUUGUGUAGCAAAAUGACCUGGUCCCAUUUAAAGAUUAUCUAAUUUUAUUCAAACUUAGUUGCUGAUGAUAUUUUAAUAAAACCAGUAAAUCUCCUUGCAAGAGUAUUGGAUUUAAUGGAGAAGGCAUCUUAGACAGCUUAUCAAAAUCAGGUUCAUUAUCACCAGUAUGUGACGUGAAAUUUGUUAACUUAGCAGCAGCAGUUCAAUGCAAUACACAAUCUACCAGAGAAAAAUAAUAAUAAUAAACAAGUAAAUCAAUUACAUGUAUUGAAUAGAUUAAAACACGCAAAAACUGUAUAUUUACAAAAAGUGGGGUAGUGUCCAAAGAUUCAAUGUCCAUUUAGGAAUCAGAUGGCAGAGGAAAAGAAGCUGUUCUUGAAUCGCUGAGUGUGUGCCUUCAGGCUUCUGUACCUCCUACCAGUUGGUAACAGUGAGAAAAGGGCAUGCCCUGGGAGCUGGAGGUCCUUAAUAAUGGACGCUGCCUUUCUGAGACAUCACUCCCUAAAGAUGUCCCGGGUACUUUGUAGGCUAGUACCAAAGAUGGAGCUGACUUAUUGGCAAGGACAUAUUUGUAGAAUUUAGGAAUAUAAAAGCUGCUUAUACUCUACAUGGCGAGAUUAUACUACUCCUACUAAGCUUGAUGAAUCAGCAUACAGGAGGGAGAUUGAAACCUAGGCUGAGUGGUGUAAUAACAACAACCUCUGACUCAAUAUCAGUAAGAUCUAGGAAAUGAUUGUUGACUUCAGGAGAGGGAAACGAGGUCCAUGGGCCAGUAAUUAUCAGAGAUCAGAGGUGGAGAGGGUCAGCAACUUCAAGUUCCUGGGUGUCAAUAUCACACAGGAACUGUCCUGGACACAUCAUAUAAAUAUAUAACAUAGAACAGUAUAGCACAGUACAGGCCUGUCGGCCCACAAUAUUGUGCCGACCCUUAAACCCUGCCUCCCAUAUAACCCUCCCACCUUAAAUUCCUCCAUAUACUUGUCUAGUAGUCUCUUAAAUUUCGCUAGUGUAUCUGUCUCCACCACUGACUCAGGCAGUGCAUUCCACGCACCAACCACUCUCUGAGUAAUAUUAUUGCAAAGAAAGCAUGAUAGCACCUCUACUUCCUCAGGAGUCUGCAGAGGUUCAGCAUGUCAUUGAAAACCUUGGCAAACUUAUAUAGAUGUGUGGUGGAAAGUGUGCUGACUGGCUACAUUAUGGCCUGGUACGGGUACACCAAUGCCUUUGAGCAGAAAAUCCUACAAAAGAUAGUGGAUUCCACCCAGUACCUCCUGGGUAAAACCCUCCCACCACUGAGCACAUCUACAUGAAAUAUUGCCUUAGAAGAGCAGCAUCCAUCAAAGAUCCUCGUCCCCUCCCCCCCCUACCAGGCCAUGCUCUUUUCUCACUGCUGCCAUCGGGUAGAAAGUACAAUUGCCUGAGGACUCACACCACCAGGUUCAAGAAGUUAUUAUCCUCAAUCAUCAGGCUCUUGUACAAAAGGGGAUAACUACACUCACUUAAGGACCCUGUUGUAUUGUUAUAUUGAUGGAUGUCAUAUUGUUAUUUCAUAUUCAUUAUUUAUUGCUAUUUAUUUAUAGCUGCAUUUGCACAGAUUGUUUACAGUUUAGAGUUCCUGAUGUUUACAAUUUUACUGUUCUAUAGGUGUGCCAAGUAUGCCCGCAAAGAACAUAUCUCAGGGUUGUAUGUGGUGACAUGUAUGUACUCUGAUAAUAAAUUUUACUUAGAACUAUAUACUUAUCGCUGUAUUACAAUCUAUUUAAAUUUCUGCUCAACUUUUUCCACUUCAGGGGUACCAUCAAGAAGGCUACUCGUGCAAGCAGCUCUGACAGAAACCAUUAAAUAUUCCCAUUUUAAUCUGCUACAGCUUAGAACCACAACUACAUCUAAUGUCUGUACAGUUAGUAACAUCGUUUUAAGGCGAUUAAAUAAUCUAUUGCAACUUAAAGUACACAGAACUCAAAUGGACUUUUGUCACUGGCACAGUUCCCCUUUAAGACAGCAAAAGAGAGGAUGCCACUCUGUUUUAAGAGUUCAUCUAAGGAAGCGUGGCUUUUGGCUAUCAAUACUGACCAUCUUGCUGGCAAACGUACAGUCUCAGUCGAAGCUGCACCCUCUCUAACGUGCUGGUGGAGAGUUUUAUUUGGGUUUUUAGCGCUGGAAAUAGUUACAUUCGGACACGUCUCAUUAGCGGGGCAGCAGUAUGGUCACAUUGUUUAUUCCAGGAACCAGCUGAUUGCGCUUAUGCCGGCCGGUUUAGCGAACAGAGCGGCAGACACCCCUGCUGAAAUCUGGAGGAAAACACACAGAGGAUGCAGAGGGGGUUCACAAAGGCAAGGGAGGAGGACCGGGUCGAGACAACAGAGACUUAUGGAGAAGAGGAGUUUGGUGGGUAAUAAAAUGGACGAGUUGACGGCACUAGCCGUGAGUCAGAGAACAUUUCGGGAGAGAAGUGUUAUGUGUUUUACUGAAACGUGGCUGCACGAGGACAUACCCGACCAAAACUUUUACAUGGAGGGCUUCCAGACAGUUCGGGCUGACCGGAAGUGCACUGACAGCAGUAAGCGUAAAGGAGUUGGGGGCUUGCUGUUCUGGUUAACAACGGAUGAUGCAAUCCUGGUCAUAUUACGAUCGAGGAACGUGUUUGUAGCCCGGAUAUUGAACUUUUUGCUGUUGGACUCCAGCCAUAUUCCACCGAAAUACAACACUGGGCAUUCCUGCCUGUGGACAUCAAACUUUGCAGGUCCUUGAGUGGAGGGUCAGACACCCUGAGCCAAUAAGCUGGUCCUGGACUUAUUUACAUCUGGCAUAGUUUGCAUA